AUGAAUUCGUCCCCUAGAGUGAUAUGGAAGAAAAUUUGGAAUACUAAUGUACUGCCAAGAGUAAAAGUUUUUAUGUGGAGAGCGUGUCAAAAUGCUCUUCCCACUCGCAAAGGCAUUGGUUCCCGAAUUUCUGGCUAUGAUACUACAUGCUACGUGUGUCACCAAGAAGUAGAAGAUGUCCUCCACGCUAUCAAGGAGUGUGCGCUUGCUCGUGAUGUGUGGAGGUGCAGCAAUUACAAGUUUGUGCUUUCCUUAAAAUUUCGAGAUGUUGUGGAUUGGUGGGAGUAUUUGUUGAAGGAAGUGGAUGAGGUUGAUGUGGAGAUUAUGUUUACGAUUUGCUGGGCUAUUUGGGGAGCUCGAAAUUCCUUUGUAAUUGAAGGCACACAACCGGACUCAAUGAGUAUUAUUGCCUAUGCGCUGAAGGUGUGUGGGGAGGUCAGGGACGUGAGAGCUAAUGGAGGAAAAGGGGCAAUAUUGAAGGUUGUGCAAUAUGCUGAGAGGUGGAGUAAGCCAAGUGAGGGGUGGGUUAAAAUGAACGUGGAUGUGGGGGUGUUAGGAGAGGCAGGGACUGGUCUUGGGGCUAUUGCCAGAGAUAGUAAUGGAGUAGUAUUGUGCGCCGCUGUGCAUCAUGUUAAGGAGAGGUGGGGGGUGAAGGAAGCAGAGGCUAAGGCAGUAUGGUGUGGGCUUCAGUUGGCAAGGGAUAGGGGGAUUAAGAGGGUCGUGUUGGAGAGUGAUAGCCUGCUGGUGGUCCAAGCUUUGCGAGGAGCUAGUGCAGGGCGUAGUACUUUUCACUUGCUUAUAGAGGAUAUUACAAAUGUUGCUGCUAGUUUUGAUGAUGUUAAAUGGUCUUUUGUAAGGCGUAAUGGUAAUCGUGUUGCUCACUAUUUGGCUCAUUUCCAACCCUGGGAUUUGGGACAAAGAAUGUGGGUUGAUCACUUACCAAAUGAUGUAAUUGCUCUUGUUGCUAAUGAUAUAAUAUAA